CAACAUAAUUAAGAGUGGUCUGCAAAUUCAGAGAGAGAGAGAGAGAGCGAGCGAGCGAGCAGGGAAGCAUGGAUAUGGUGGGUGGUUGUAUGUGGUGGGGUGUGUUACCUUUUGCAGCCAUGGUAAUGGUGGAGUUCGCAGAUGUGGGCGUAUCAACUAUAACCAAAGCAGCAAUGUCCAGAGGAAUGAGCACUUAUGUUUUUGUUGUGUACUCUAAUGCCCUAGCCACCCUCCUUCUCCUUCCUUGUUUCAUUUUCCAAAAGAAGCCGGUUUCUCUUACUCUCUCACUCCUUUCUGGGUUCUUCCUCCUUGGCCUAAUUGGGAGUUCAAGUCUGAUAUUGGCAUAUAAUGGCAUCAACUACAGCUCCCCAACAGUUGCAUCAGCAAUGGGAAAUCUUAUACCGAUUUACACAUUUGUGCUGGCAAUCAUUUUCAGGAUGGAAAAACUAGACUUAUGGAGAUCAAGCAGUCAAGCAAAAUUGUUGGGAACUAUAGUAUCAGUAUCUGGGGCAUUUGUAGUAAUUCUUUACAAGGGCUCACCAAUCUUAAAGUUCAAGGCUUUAUCACCAUCCAACUUCCCUCCCCACCAGAACUUGAUCAUCUCACAACACACAAAGUGGAUCUUUGGAGGUCUUUUCCUUGCAUUGUCUUGCCUUUUGGCUGCAAUAUGGAACAUUGUUCAGGCAUCCAUUGUUAACAACUGUCCAUCAAAGGUGACCAUAGUAUUCUUCUACACCUUCUUUGUGACAAUCCAAUGCACAAUAUUUUCACUGAUUGUGGAAAGAAAUCCAAAUUCCUGGACAUUAAGGCCCAACAUCGAGAUGAUCGCCAUUGUCUGCUCAGCUGUAUUUGGGAGUGUCUUUCGGAUUGGUGUUCAUACGUGGUGCUUGCACCAAAAAGGGCCUAUCUUUGUAGCCAUGUUCAGGCCCUUGGGAGUUGCCAUUGCAGCAGUCAUGGUGGUCAUCUUCCUAGGCGAAGCACUUCACCUUGGCAGUUUGAUUGAUAUUUACAUCUACGACAGUGUGAUUGGAUCUGUCAUUGUUGCAAUUGGAUUCUAUGCUAUGAUGUGGGGACAAAUCAAAGAAAAGAGCAUUGUGAUGGAGAAUGAAGUCCACAGCUUGGCAUCAUCCACCCAACAGACCCCUCUUUUGCAAUGCAGAACCUCAGAAAAUAUAUGACAAAGAAACAUGCAAAUAUUUCAGUCAUGGAUCGGAUAAGCAAGAGGAGGAGGAGCUAUAAUUAUAAAUGAACUAUAUCCUUCUCAUUAAACUGUAUUUUCUUAAAUCACUGUGGAGAUCACAAUGAAAGAUGAUCGCCAUUAUCUGUGCAGUGAGAAGAACUAUAAACUUCAUCCUUGAAAAUGUUGCUAUUUCAGUGUCUCAUGUUUACGAUUGAUACACUGCUCUUGAUUGUUCAGGCUAUAUUUGGGAGUAUCUUUCUUGUCGGUGUUCAUACGUGAAGCUUAGCGUUCGAAAAAUCGGCCUAGGCGGCCUGGGCGGGGCGGGGCCUUUUUUUUUUUUUUUUUUUUUUCCCCCCUGACUUUAAAGGAAACCUCACGCUGCCUCUCUCUGCUCUGCUCUCCUCUGAGCCGUCGGCUCCUUCUCUAUCUGUCUCUCACGAGUCACGACAGACCACCACCACCAGGGCUCCACCCGCGACGACCACCACCAAACCUCUGGAGAGCAGACUUGUGACAUUUUGUAGCAACAAAAAAAAAACUGUGAUUGAUUGUUGUAAAAUAUAUAGAAACUAUAAAUUCCUUCAUACAUAGGUGAUGUACAAUUGAUCACAGAUGAUGUAUGCAGCUCAAAUAAUAAUGGCGUAUUGUAAUCGGUUUGCGUGCCACUGCGGAUAUAGAAGACUUUCUGAUUGCUCUGCCA